AUCAACAACUGUGACGACCCUGUUACUGUAACGGCUUCCAUGGAUGUCCCGGAUCUGGAUAUCACGUGGUCUCAUACCUACAGUGGUGAUGACAAAAUUCCAGUGCCCGGAUUUAGCGUUUCUGUUGGUGGUGUGUACGUUCAAAUAGAACUCACCAAUAACGGAGAUACACUGCAUUUAAAGGUGUGUUCUAAAGGCUUUCAUUUAUAAUCACCUGGAAGGAACGGGGGUUGGGUGGAGGGGGGAAGAGAGUGGUCGUCAAAAUCCGUUUCAAUUUCCAAUCCAUACUUUCCAGUCCCGCCAUUCACACAAGUCAUUUCCCACAGGGCGUUUCCCAGCAAAAUAAUUGAAAGCUCCCUUACGUCACGAUAAAUAAACAAUUGGCUAAUUGGCGGGGGUCUCAUGUGACCGGUGAGGGUAAAAGGAGGAAUGAGUUUGCGGAGUGACAUAAUUAUGCGGAAUGUAAUAUAUGCUGAAUGGCUGAAAGAAAUAAAUUAAACGGAAAAGUGCACCCUUUUUUGGCGACAAUCAAUUUGCAAAAGUAGCGACUUUUUUAAUUUUGCGGGCUCGACUACGAUGACAAUCAAAAAGCCACGAAGGAUUCCUUGAUUUCUCACUCUCGAUUAGCCUUUUUCGCACAGCCAGAAAGAUUAGAUUUAUUCAGGCGGGCUGCAUGGCAUUACCGAUACUACAUCACUAAAGUCGGCCAUUGAAGAAAAGAUGUUUUGGAAGGUUACGCUCCCCUUUGCUUUAAUUUUUCUCCAAAAGUUGUUUGCACGAUUAACUCCACAGGUUUCUUACCUUUACUUGUAGAGCAGAACCCCUAUAUCUCGAACUCAGAUAACUCGCACUCCCCGCUCACUCGAACUAAGUCCAAUUUCCCCUGGAUUUCAUCCCACUUUUCAUUCAUUUUUUACUCGACCGUUAACUCGAACUCGGAUAUUCGAAUUCUCCGCUGACUCAAAAUAAAUUUUCUUUCCUUUGAUCAGAAACUUCGCAAAAUUUAACCCAGUAACUCGAAUUCUGGUUCUUGGAACUCCACUCAGAUACCAUCUAAUUAGUUCUUCUUGGAUGAAUGGUAAAAACACUCAAAAUAAGACCGGUCAGCAUUACAGCAAUUUGAUUUUAAUUGGUGCGAACAGAUUACGUUUUAUGACUAAAAAUGGUUAAUCAUUUUACCGUUUCUGAUGAAAUAAGAUAGAUUUGUACUGCACUAUACACUGAAGUGUUGAAAGACCAGUAACUAGCAAUUUUAACAUGGCAAAUUGAAUUGCAAUCGACUCCCAUAACUCGAACCCUCGUUAACUCCAGCUGUAACUCGACCUGUUUUUCCUUUCCCUUCAGAGUUCGAGCGGACUGGCGUUCUACUAUAUUUGAAACUGCGUGAGAAGUGGUUCGCGUGAUCGUGACAUAAUAUUCAGAGAUCAAAUAUAUCCGACUUCAUGCACGUUCAACGAGCGUUCUGUUCCCUCUAGCGUUACGAUAAAGAGUGACCCUUGAUUUGAGUUUAGUGAAGUACAGGUUAGAUACAGGACAAGACAGAUUUGCGACACAGUACGUCUGCGCGUAUUUACGAGGCUUAUUUGUUUAUUUCAUUUGGGACUACCGAGUCUACCAUCCUGCAUUUCUUAGCAGCCUCGUAAAGCCUACCGCUACUAGAAGUGAUUUCCUCCAUAAUCCUCGUAAACUCCAACGCGCUGCUCAAGCUUCUUGGUUUGAGCCAGCAAUAAUAAACGGACCGGCAGAGCGGUUGCUCCUUCAAAUUUGUGCCAAAAUAAGGCGCGGCAGAGACGCGCGUAUGCUUUUCUGUUUAAUUUAUUCCUCCGUGCCAUUUCCAAAUAUUGCAUUCCGCAUAAUUAUUUCAUUCCGCAAGCUUGCCACAUGCCAUUCCGCACACUCAUUCAGUCUUUUACCCUCACUGAGGGUCUCAAUGGGGUGGUGGCAUUUACGGUUAUCGGCUAAAAUUUUGGCUCUUUUACGGCUAUCGGCUAAUUUUUUUCAGUUACGGUUAACAAAAAAGUUAAAAAUUAACUUGUUUUGUUUCAAAAAGUUAAAUAUUAAUUAACCUGUAUUUUUUGUAUCUUUAAAGCAAAAUAAAGGUCUUAAGAUCAUCUCAGUAUGAAAUAAGCUAUUCUUUUGAAAAAUUUUAACAUUCGAUAGACCAUACUUUUUAUAAAGUAUUCCACUUCUAAUAUUAUUUCACUCAUAAAAAUGUCAAUAAUCAAUUUAAAAAUAAUCUUUGUGAAAAAGCAAAGCACACGCGCGAACGCCUAACUCAAGGCCGGGGCGCGACAUUCAUUACAACAGAAAUGGCCGUUUUCACACUAAAGACGGAUUAUUCGUGUGAGACGGGUUAUCCGUUAGAUGAUUCGCGUCAGAUAGGUAAUACGUCUUAAUUUGAAAACGGAGUAGUUUUAAUUUUGCAUGAACAAUCCGCCUGACUUUAUCCUUCAACUUCGACGGACAGUUUGAACACGUGAUUAUCCGUUCCAGAUAGCCUGUGUACAGCCGCCCCUUCCCCUCAGAAAAAAAAUCGAAGAGGGGGUGUCUGUCGGGAAGGGGGCGACUGUACACAGGCUAGUCUCAGACGGAUAAUUGGUUUCUAGCUCUAGUGUGAAAACGGCCAAUAACAUAAAUCCCGUGUCCAGUGUUUACAAUGGUAGCGAAGGACUGUACGGAACCACUGUCAGCCGUUUUGCCUUGUCCGUAGGACUUAUUAUUUCGGGCGGCUAAUACGUUUCGGGUCACGUAGUCCGAGCGAGUUCGCCACCGAAAUGCCUUGACCGAAAUUGCGUGGGAAGACGCCGUACAGGGACUAGGCAUGGCAAUGUCUACCGUAGCGUCAGAGAAAAACAGGGAAAUAUUGUUUUUCGGCAACUUGUUUUACAAACAGUGAGAUCUCUUCGUGUUGUUUCACUAUUGUUUCGAGGGCACGACCUCCUGAAAAUCGCAAAUAUUAAUCCCCAGCAAGAAGCCACACUUUCGCUAUGGAAAAAAAAAUAAGUUCCCCGAGAAAGCGGCCGACAUGGAAAUGGGUCUUGGUCUUCACCUAAAAGGCGAUUUACCUAACGUGCGUAAGGAGCCAGACUAGCCGGGAAAUAAAAAACGCAACCAUAAGUGAGUUUAGUACCUGAGCAAAUCUAGGGAACAAUUUCUUUUACGGUUAACUUUUUUUUUUACCCUAUUUACGGCUAACGGUUAAAAUUUUUCAAUUUUUACGGCUAUCGACUAAAUUUUUGGCCGUUUUACGCCUGUCGGUUAACCCCAUUGAGACCCUCCUCACUGUGAUGCUUCGCGCUCUUCGACUCGCUCUUCUUUCCGCGCCAAACUUCCUCAGCGACAAAGAGCGAGGAGAAACGGCUGUUUUCGCAGGCUAGACUUGUUCUAACGUGGUACGUCAACUAGCUCAAGUAAGUUAAGACAUAAAAAUCAAAAUCAAAACCCACAUACAGAAACGAAUCCUCGAAAACGAAAAGGAAACAACUGCUUACUGUGUAAAUGGUUUUCUACAUUUUUUAUAAAAAAAUUGCGCUUGGCAACCAGGAAGACUAAAUGUUUUUUACUUCUUCAUGCUGAUCAUAUUUUUGAUAUGAAAAGGUCUUUCUAGUUGCAGCUUUCAAACUACUUUUGUAAGAUUUGAAUGAACCAUCACUCAAUUGAAUGGAAUCAGUUGAAGGUGACUGUUUUAUCUUUUACCAGGUGAAUCUGCUGGUCGGAGCAGUGGGUGUUUAUCUCCCCCCAGUCACUGUUGUGGAUGGAGACUUGCCGAUCUCAACUGACGAUUGUGGCAAGUAAAACUGAUCUUGAUCAACAUGGCGUACUAUAUCUAAUUAAAAGCAGUUCUUGUCACGAGUAAUAAUCUGUACGAUAAAGCGGUGUCCGACACUAAAUAUAAGCACUUUACUUAGAGCGGGACACCCGCGGGACAAAAUUAAGACCUUAAUACGAGAGGGACAACCGCGGGAUUAUAUUAGGUGCCUUCCAUACGUGUAUACAUCGAACUGAAUCAGUGUUAGCGUGCGUAGCAGGUGCUUGGAAGUAGUCGCGCGCAAGAAAGAGGUAGACACGCGUGUCUCACUCUGGCACGCUCGUUCUUUCUUGCGCCCAAAUACUUCCAAGUGCCUGCUACUCAGGCUAAAUCAGCUUGUCCACCUCGUAACCAUAGUAGCACAGACAAAGGAGUAAAAUAAAGAGGAACUCCGAUAUAAACAAGUGCCAGGUGUACAGAAAAAUACAACGGGGCUGGUUCUUUACUGGGGAGUUUCGUUUCAUUCAUUUUCGAUCAUUGCAGAUAUCGGAGUUACGUAGGGCUGGUUCGAUUUACUGAUGAAUAACUGUUCAUUUCCACGGUGCAAUACGUGUAAGAAAGGUGUCAGCUUGAAAAGAAAUGACCAAAAUUUGUUGUUUUUAGGAUUCUUCGGAUGGUUUAUUGACCUAAGUGUUCCUGCCAAAAUAGCAGUGAUCGCUGGAACGGUUGUUUUUCUCAUCGCCGUCUGCUGUGGCUGCUGUUGCUACUGCUGCUGUAGGAGGCGCCGCUCCGCCAAUCAAGGUCCUAUCAUCAUCGCGCCUGGUGUUGGUACUUCCGCUGUCAUGACAACGAAUGCCAACACUCGGGUUCCCAUGCGACCAUUGGUCGAGGAGGAAUGA